AUGAAUGUUGGUCAAUUUGUUCAAAGUGGAAGAGGGAAAAACAAGCGAUCAUGGAAUAAAUCUGAGGAAGAGUGUUUGAUUAAUGGUUUGUUGGAGAUGAGUGCCGAUCCUUCAUGGAAAGCUGAUGGGAGUUUCAAAGGUGGUUUCAAGAAUAAGUUAGAGGAGAAAUUGAAUGAGAAGUUUCCCGGGUGUGGGUUGAAAGCUAUUCCCCAUAUUGAAUCAAAAAUCAAAUGGUUUAAGGAUAAAUAUAAUGUACUAACUGAAAUGUUUCGCACUUCUGGUUUUUCUUGGAAUAAUGAAAAGAAUAUGAUUGUUUGUGAAAGGCAAUCUUAUGAAGAAUUUUGUAAGCAACACAGAAAUGCUCAAGGAUUAUGGAAUGUUCCUUUUCCAUUUUAUGAUCAAUUGUCAAUUAUCUUUAGUGCCGAUCGAGCUACUGGAGUGCAAUCUGAGACUUUCGUCGAAGCUGUUGAGAAUCAAGAGAAAGAGACUAUUGAACUAGAUAAGGGUGAUAGUGAUGAAGACGAUGAAUUUGAUGAUAAUGAGUCCGUCAUCCAGUCAAAACAAUCAACUCCAAGUGAACUUCUUCAAAGAAAGGCAAAAAGGAAAAGGCUCCAAAUGAACUAG